GUGGCUCCUGUAACCGUCCGGAUACUUUGAAGAAGUAACUGCAGUUUGCAACAAUAAAAGCUAGCUGGAAAACACACACAGACACAGUUCUCCCUAACGCCUGCAGAACCUGAACAAAAAUGCCAGUACAUUUCAAGGGCAUCAGUGAGUACCAGAGGAAAUUUAAAGGCCGGGUAGCGCGCUCCAGAAGCGCCUCUCCUCAGCGACGAAUGCGCUUAGCUGGACUUCGAUCUGACCAGAUGGGUAUCAGUCGAGAGCCUCAGUUUCUGUCCAAGAGGAAGGUGCCCUCCUCCCACAUGGCCCAGGUGUCCAGCUCCUUCCAUUGGAACCCCACCACCACAGAGCCCCCACAGAGACGGGACGAGACACCCAGACCUGGUACCUCUCCUCUGGCUCCUACCCCAGAGAGAGUCCACACCCCUCUGGCCCCUAGGGGUCCCCCUCCUCCAGGGGACCCCCAACGAGGCCUCAACACUCUCCAGGGCCAGACCCACACCCGGAGCCCCCUGGCUACUGUAGAGAGACAGGACCAAGCUUUCAAUGGGGUUGACCAUGUGUUGAGGAGAAAGGCAGGGCUGAAGUCUUCUGGACAGAGGACUGGACUACAGAACUCAGAGUACAGGAAACAGUUCCCGUGGAAGACACCUGUAGCCGGCCACGCCUCCCCACUGCUGGCUGCAGAACAGAUGCUGUACACCAGCAACCGUUCCAUCCCUCCCUUCAAGUCUAACCCGGCGGUGGUGUUGGAGAGUGAGUACAGCAGGAGCUUUAAAGCCUCUCCCCGUCCCAGAGGGCCGCGGCUACGCAGGGACCUAGAGGGGGACCAGGUGCCUCUGUUCCGGAGGGAGAAUGUUUCACCUGAGAAAGCAUCAAAGAGCAAGAGGAAGAAGAAGAGGGAACAGAGAGAGAGAAAGUCCAGCAUCGUAGAGGAGAACAUUCCGGUUCCACAGCCGCAGGAGCAGCAGGAGGACGGGGGCAGGCCGCUGCAACAGGAACAGGAAGUGAAGUCACAGAGCCCCCAGAAGGCACCUCUUCCCCACAGAAAGGUGAAAUCAGAGUAUAACGCCAACUUCCGCUCUCCGCUGAACUACAGAUAUAAGGACGGAGCCUGGGUCAAGGCUGCCACAGUAGGAGACGAGGGGCGUGACAGUCAGCAUAGUCACGUUUGGUAUCACGAGGUGCGAGAGCUUCGUGAGAAGGCGGAGACCUACAGACAGAGGGCGUGGGGGACCCAUUUCUCCCGUCUCCACUUCAACCAGAUCCUGUCGGACCAGAACCAGCUGUGGGAAGCCUCCACCCCUUCGUCCUCCAACCUCACCUCUGGGACAGGGUCAGGGGACAGGGACGACCACAGCAGUAGCCCUACCAUCCAGGCUCUGGACCUCGCUAGGGUUGACAGUAGCUCCAGCUACAAAGCCGGACCCCCUGCCUCCCUCACCCCCGUGUCCAGCAGAAGGAACUCCACCAGGGGGGCUGGGGACACAGCAGGCCCCCCUGGUCAGCCUGACCCUGGAGCCCCCACCCUGCCUGUUCAGAGGAGACUAGCCUGGGAGGAGGAGACAGGGGCUGAGAAGGAGAGAAAGGAGAGAAAGGAUGAGCUGAGGGUGCUGGACCAUCUGCGUCCGUCGUCUGUAGCAGGCUCCCACCGCUCCAGAGAGGGUGGUAGGAUGCCCACCCCCACACUGCAAAGGAUCGCUACUGUUCAGAGAACUCACCACGACCUGACGACUCCAGCCACUGGAGGUGCUAUCCUGGUGUCUCCUCCUAAGAUGAAGGAGGCUGAUGGUUGGGUGAGGAGAAGUGAACCUCCGUUGGGUAAACCCCGUUCGCCCUUUAAACACCUCUCUCUGGCCUCCCCACAACGAGCAGCCAGACAGAAUGAGGAGCGGAACCAGCCCCUUUCCUCUCCAGCAGCAGGGGUGACCACUGUGGACCCCCUCCCCCUGAGAGAGGACUCCUGGUCGGGGGAGACCUCUCCAGAGAACCCCCCUGAUCCUCCACCAGAGGCCAAACCCUCCCGUAAACGCACCACCAGCGGACGACCCCACGCCGCCGUCCCUCCACCUGUUAACCGCAUCCAGGGGACGCUCAGAGACCCAGAGUUCCAACAUAAUGGUAAUUUAGGCCUGAGGACGUCGGAUCUGCUGCUGUGUCCAGGUGGUGGCUGUGGAACUGAUGAUGAAGAUGACAGGAUGUCCCAGAUCUCGUCCAGGUCGGCAGCGUCCUGCUCCAUGGCCUCCCAGGUCCUGGACCGAGCCCAGAGGAGGAAGGACCACUUCUGGGGGAAGAGAUAACAGGAAGCACUGACC